CACUGGACUGUACAGAGAGCGGGUCAGCCGCCGGAAGUCACGUGGCAUCACCAGACCGUCAUGAUCAUUUGCAUGUCGGGACACGAAUAAGGAAGAGAAGAUGAGUGUAACGGGGGGGGCCCGUGAUUGGUCCUUUGGGAUAAUAGUAAUCAGUGCUUGUUUGAUGGGAACUAUACUGCUUAGCAAUUGGUUGUUGGGAUCAGUGGAGAUUGGUGCUUUGGAAUAAUGGUGAUCAGUGAUUGGUUGUUGUAACCUUUGGUGAUUUGGGAUUGGUUGAUGUAAUCAGUGGUGAUUGGUCUUUUGAAAUAAUGGUGACUAGUGAUUGAGAAUAAUGGUGAUUGUUUUUUUUUUAGGAACAAGCAGUGGUGCUUAGGAAUUGGUUCUUAGCUAAACUGGAAAUUAGUGACUGAUUUUUGGAAAUAGUGGUGAUCAGUGAUUGGUUGUUCGGAAUAAUGGAGAUUAAUGACUGAAAUCUUGUGCAAAGCCGGUGGACAUGUACAUCGAAUACGAUCCGGUCAUUAUUCUCAUCGACGCCAUCUUGUGUAAAAUCCAGGCAUUCCGACACAUCCUGUUCAACACCCAGAUCAAUAUCCACUGGAAGCUGUGUAUCUUCUGCCUGAUGUGCGAGGCGUACCUGAGGUGGUCGCGACUCCAGAGUUCGGAGGUCACCGGCGAUCCCGCGGACAUCAUUAGAUACACAAAGGAAUGGGAUUUUUACGGGAUGUUCGCUCUGGCGGCUCUCGAGCUAGGAGUGUAUUGCGCAGGGGUUUUAUCAGCGCUGUGGUUCUUCCAGAAGCUCCACGGCGUCUCUGUGAACACGUCUGACGUGCUGAAGGCUCUGCUGCUGUCCUGCUACGGCAAAGUGCUUCUGAUUCCUGCCGUGAUCUGGGAACACGAUUACUCUCCGCUCUGCUUCACCCUCAUCCGAGUGUUCGUGCUCACAUCUAAUGCACAGGCCGUUAGAGUGAUCCUCAACUGCCGCCGGCGUCUCUCCGUCUUCGCCGUGUGUGUCGGCCUGCUCUCGGAGACAGCCGUGUCUCAGGGAUUACACAAACUCCAGAUGAGUUUUCACACACUCCUGCCGGAGCUCCACAUGUAACCACGAGGAAAUCAGAGAUCUCAUUCGCACCUUUUUUUUCCGAGCUUUUCAUCAUGUCGAGGCGGUGCCUUUCCUCCUCGUAAAAAAACGUGGGACAUUAGACAGACAUCUCAGUGAUGUUUGUGAAGACGCCCUAUUUUUCUUUUUUCCCUUUUACACAUGGUGAGGAAGGAAGUUCCUGAGGGAUCAGGAACUAAUUAGCCCACCACACACACACACACACACUUGUUGUACCGGUGUCAUUUCUGUAUAUUAAAUAAAAAUGGCGUGUUGGAUUGUUUCUUUAGUAUUUCCAUAUUUCUUCAUUCUAACACUGCUUGUUUUAUUACAAUUAAAAGCCAAAUAUAUGUGAA